GAGAGCCUCCUCAUUUGGCAAGCAGCAACAGAGAGUGCAACGUCUCGUCUCUUCGGUAAAGUUUCGCGAUCGAAGUAACGUAAGCAUAAUGGCGUAUUGCGACGUGUAGUGGAAUCGAAGCGUGUUCGUGAAAAAACUCGAUUUUUUGGGGAAAACCUGCUGGAUUGGAAGUGGAAUUAGUGCGUGGCCCUUCUGGGGGUUUAGUAGAAAAGGAAUGACCUAAUCAGUUCGUUCGCGAAGUGCGUUCUGUGAGUGAGGAAUGUGAAAUUGGCUGCUGCUUCUUCCGUGACGCAGUCGUUUUCAUCGUCGUCUUCGUCUUCGAGAGUGGAAAAUAGAAAUUUUUUCUACCAAAUAAAGUACGCAGACUUGGAGUCGAUCUGCUGCUGCCUCCGGGGGAAUUUGAAGGUGACUUCGGAGCAUCUAAACUGCUGCUGCUGGUGAAGGUUUCUCCAUUGGAAAGAAUUAGGUGAAGGAACUUUCUGCAGGCGAAAAAUGUCGUCAAUCGUCGAUAUCAUAAAUCAUUAUCAGAAGAGCAUUGACAAGUCGCUUCACGAUGAGGCACGGCUGGUUCACUGCAUCGGCAAGCUGUAUCGGCUCCCGGUAUCGGUGCAGCACUUGAAGGACACCGGGAUUGGGCGCACGGUCAACGGCCUCCGAAAGUACGACGGCGAAGUGGGAGUUGCCGCCAAGGCACUGGUCAGCAAGUGGAAGAACAUGGUGGCGGCGGAGGAAUCGGACACCGGAGAACCGGAUUCGCACCAGGAGGAACACGACGAGCCGCAAGACGAAGACAAUUGCGACGAAUCACGACUUCAAGUGGACGAAGAUCAUCAUAGUGACGAAGGCCAUCAUGAUGCAAAUGGCGAAGAUGAGGAAGACGAGGAUGAGGAACAGCAUCAUCGGGAGGAAGAAUCUGAUAACCAAGAAGAGAUCCAAGAGCAACAGCAAGAGAAGGAAGUGAAGAACGGUCAUGACAGUGACCAUCGUAGCGAGAGAAGUUCCCAUCGAGAUUCGGAUCGUCAUAGUAGUAGUAGUAGCAAACAUAAGAGUUCGUCCAGUUCGAAGGACAGUAGCAGAUCCCGAGAUCGCCACGAUAAGCAUCGUGAUGGGGACAGAAGCAAGCAUCACAGCAGCAGUAGCAGUAGUAGCAAAAAGAAUCACUCUUCACCGUCAUCGACUUCUUCGUCGAAGAAAUCAUCAAGCCAUGGCGACGAAGAGAAGGAUAGAAAAGAGAAGCACAGUAGCAGCAGCAGUAAGAAAGACUCUAGUCACAGCAAUGGAAAGGAAAGCAGUCACAGUAGUAGUAGUAGCAAAGAGAAAAGCAGCGAUAAGCAUCACUCCAGCAAGUCCAAGGAAGGAUUGAAUGGGUAUACGAAGGAAAGCGACAACCAAAAGCGCAAAAGGGUGUCCGAGGACGAAGAAGAAAGUGCUGUGAAAAAAUCCAAGAAGGAACACACCAGUGAGAGUAAGAGUAAGACUAGUAGCAGUGAUAAGGAUCGAUCUAGUAGCAAAUCUUCCAGCAGUGGAAGUAGCAGAGAUAAAGACAAGAAGUCCUCCUCCGAGAAGAAAAAGGAAUCAUCGUCGAAGAAAAAGAAAGAGCAGCAAUCUCCAGAAGCUUUCGAAGACGAAGGUGGGGAUGAGGGAAGCGAGUUUGACAAUUCCGGAGGGGCCAGCUUCGCCGAUGCCUUAGCUAUGAUAGGAAUGCCAUCGUCAUCCAAGAAGAAAUCUUCCAGCAAAGGAAGCGCCGAAAAGGUUAAGAUAUCUACUACUAGCAGCAUGCCUCCUCCUCCAACGAAAUCCGACAAAAAUCGAUCAUCCUCUUCGAGUUCGAAGCGAUCGAUUUCGCCUUGCAGCACGGCCAGCAGUAGUGGUUAUAGCAGCACCUCAUCCACUCCUUCUCUACUAGCUCAGAAACCCAGCCCACUACCCAUCGCUGAAAUCGUUGAAUCCUUGCCUAUGAUCUCGCCGAACUACAAGCCCAUGCCUCUGAACCAAACCGUAAUGGAGUGCGUAUUUUCGAACAAUGGCAAACCGCAGAAGCGCGCCUUGACCGAGGAGGAAGCACUAGGCCAGAGCAUGCAGUCGAAAAACAUCCGAACCAAGGUCUACUCCGGGGUGAAGAACUUCAAGGGAGAGGUUCCAACGUUGUACAAUCUGUGCAUCCGCCUGUUGCAGGAGCACAUCGAUCUGAUCGACUAUACCGGUGGCAUUCCGUUCGAUUUGCUCAAACCGGUGCUGGAGAGGGCAUCCCCGGAGCAACUGUUCACCCUGGAGAGCUACAAUCCCUACCUGAUGGAGGACAGUGACGUUCUGUGGGAGCAACACAUCAAGCGGAACUUCCGCAGCCAGAAGCGCAAGGAGGAGGAGUGCGAAUCGUGGCGGGAGAUGUUCAUCCGUUGCUCGGAGGAACGUGAAUCCAAACUGCUGAGCCUCACGGCCAACAUCAAGCAGUCCCAGGUGGAGAAGACAGCUCCGAUCCGGAAGACUCAACUCGCCUACGUGGAUUCGGCCGUCAAACCGCCUCGCAACAUAAUAAGCAAACAGGCUCGCUACGGAACGGCUCAAGCACCGGUAGUUUCUCCGGCCGCCCGAGUCGCUGCACUCAAAAAUAAUUCCUCCAACGUGGCGAAGGCGGGCGAUUCUCGACUGAAGGUUGCUGCCGGGGUGAGAGAUAACGCCCAAGCCCAAGUUUUCCACCCAACAAAACCGAGAAAGGCACCUCUGAUGUCGAAGGUCAUGCAAUCUAUCAAAGGUUUCAAGGGCUUCCGACGAUAGGCACAGGAAUGUAGGAUACUGAUGUAUAGUUUACUACUCUAGUAGAAUUUUAUCAAAUAAAAGACCGGAUUAGGGUUCGAGCGCUUUACAAACAUUAAGUAGCAAGAAUGGAUGUCAGCAGAGAGAAGUUGAAACUGUUAACUACUCAAAACGGAUGAAUUGUAAAAAAAAAGAUGAGCGGUAUCAUGCUUUCGUAGUUUACCCCUAAUCUCUAGCGUAGGAAUCGUCGCCCCACAAAUAGAAUUUUAUAUUUGCGUAUAACUGAAAUUAUUUAACUUAUUCGUUUGUAUCUUUUGUAGGAUCUUUUUAUGCAAUCAAGAUUUACUUUUUAAAGCUAGCCUAGUUUACAAUUACAAUGCAUUAUCGCUUCCCUGGCAGCGAGGAAUAGUGAUACACACAAUUGUAAAUAGUUUUGCUCCGUUUUGAUCCCCGUAGGUCAUUUAUUAGUAUUUAAUCUGCACGGUUCAUUGAAUGUACAUACCAUUGUAUCCAUCAGAUAGGUUCUCCCAACCAUUUGUUCUUUUUUUUUCAAAUACAACAUGUGGCUGAUGCAGUCAUAGUCGCAGAA